AUGUCUGGGGCUGAGUGGGCACUGCUGGACAAUCACCAAGUCACCAAGAAAAGCUCCAACCUCCCACUGUUUGGCCUGCUCACCUUGGAGCACAUCCUUUGUACCAAGAGUGCCCUGGAGAUCACCCCUCACACGCCCAGGAGUCACCCAGCUGACCACACUGUAUCUCUCUGUGGCUCCAUUCCGGCCGAGCGGGAGUGUGACCUCCCUGGAAGCUUGGAGAAGGGAGUCGAAGAGCAUGCCUGCUCGGCAGCCCUUCUCUGCCACUCCGAGGCUGGCUUUGACAUCUCAGACACCUCUAGGAGCUGGGGGUACCGAUCUCCCAGGAGCCGCGGGUGGGCUCUCCUGGACCAGGACAGGACUGCUGUUGUUGUGCCUCCAGUCCUUGCCUGCCGCUGUGUCUCCCGUGCGCCAGUGGUGAGAGUGGCUGAAGCCAGCCGUCCUGGGGUGGAGCCCAUCACGCUGCUUCCGGGGUCUGCACUGCAACACCUUGGCCAGCUUCGCUCGCAUCCUCCUCUUCUGUUGGGAGAAAAUGCCUUGCAUCAUCUGGGCCAGCUCCACUCCCAGACAGGAGAGUCGGCCGAGAGAACCUGCCAUUCGCCGAUCUGCCAACUUGGAAAGGAAAACCCGGGGACCCCAGAACAUGCCCGAGGACAGAAAGUUGAAGAACAGCGACGGCAGGACAGAAACUUCUGGAACCUUCUGGACUACCGCGCCCCCUGCACUGGGCAUGCGCACUGGCGCCAGGCAGUGUCCCGUGCUGCUGCUCUGUCGUUGGUGUUGCUGUUUGAUAAUUUCCAUCUGCAACCUGCAAAAAUGAAAAGUUGCCCCCGGGAGCGCUCCUCCAGGGAGCCUGUUCAUCGGGAAAACGUAGUCUCGGGGCCACUGAGCCAGGGUUCAGCCAGGAGGGAGGCCGUCCUCCCUCGCCCCGCAGCCCUAACCCUGACCCUGCCGCAGCUCGGCCCGGGUCCCUGCACCCGGCCCUGCCUUGGCCUGGGCCUCCGUGGCCCAGCUCCCGCUCAGCCCUCGGUUGGCCCUGCAGGUGACAGGAGGCCGGGGUGCAGGCGCCGGAAGUGUGUUUCCCUUGGACACUGAAGUGUCCUAAAUUUCUUUCUUUCUUGGAAUCUAUGGGGAGAAAACAGCAUUUGUAAAACUCGCUCGGGUGACUUUGGGAGGCUUACAGGGGAGCCUGCCCUGGCGCACCACGCCUGCGCCCUCUGCUGGGCACUUCGGCACACUUCUUUGAGAAGGCGCCAGCGGACGUUUGCAGCCUCCCCUGAAGGGACGCUGACCCUCCCCGGGGUUCAGGGUCUGCUCCGAGCACCCCUGCGGCUCCAAAAGAGGCCAGAGCCUGGCAGAGGUGAGCAGAGUGGAAAGAACUCCCCGCGUCCACACACAGGUGUUCAGAGUCUCCCCAGUCUGUGUAAUCUGGUCCCGCUUUCUAUUAAAGAAUCUUAACGCAAACCCCAUACAUUGUAUGUUUUUUGCUGUAAAUAAUUCGAUGUGUCUCUUCCAGAAAUCACUUCUCUAAUACUGUGUCGUGACCACCAUCCUAUCACCCACCGCAUUUCAAAACAUCACCCCCAGCCCUUUAAUCGUCCAUACAGCCCAGUUCCGGUUUUGUAGCAGCUAAAUUAUCUCAUGAAUAAUAGAUAGUCUUAGUAGUUCAUGGGUCCAAACAAAACCCACAGGCGAUGGUAUUCCGACCCGGUCGGCUUCCUCCCCUGUGGACCGCCCUCCUUUCCUCAGUGUCGGUGGUCUGCUUAUUGGUUAGUGUGGGGGGUUUGUUUCUUUUUGUUUUACUUCUGGUAAGGGUGCGUUUGUUGCAGAACCUGGGUACCUGUCGUGUUCAAGGCCAUCCCAGGGGUGGCCCCGCUGCUCCAGAGGCCCGGUGCUUCCAGAGAUGAGGUUUGGAUUCUGAUGCCUCCUGUCAGAGGCGGGAGUAUUGCUCAGGUCUCUCUCCAGACUGUGAUGCUGGGCAGAGAAAUCGGGUUCUUCAUGGUAAAGUUCCCUGGCCACUUUCACACUGAGGCGUGGAGCAGCCGGAGGACACAUUACUGGAUACCUUAUCCCCCCAGCACCUGCAAAAUGGAGGGUUUUGAUUGUGGCAGCUCUUCAGCACCCACAGCGCCCACAGCCGGAGUGUGUCUACAGAUAAGAACACCAAGAACUCUCUCCCAUCAAACAUUUGCUUACCGAGGAAUAUAGU